GGGGGGCUCUCUGGAGAGGGGUGACAGGGAGCAGGGGGACUCGGGAAGCAGAGGGUUGUGUGGGGCUCUGUGGGGUGGGAGCGGGGACAGGGCUUUGGGCACAGGGUGAGGGGUUGUGAUGGACAGAGCCAGAUGCAGCCCGUGGGUGGUGGUGGGUUUUUUUUUGCUAUAUUUAGCCCCCCAGGAAGCCCCAUCUAGAUUUAAUGCCAACCGGGGAGUGCCCACCGCCGCCCCACCCCCCACCCCCACCCCGUUCCAUCUGUCUGUCCCCACAACCUUCCACCUGGCUAUGUCCGUCCAUCUGUCCCUCUCUUGCAGGGUUUGCCCAGGACUGAGCCGCUCCCCCCACCAUGGGGCUGCCCCUCCGCACCCUGCUGCUCCUGCUCCUCCUGUGCCCGGCGGGUGCCCCCUUCCGGAUCUGCGCCUUCAACCUGCAGCGCUUCGCCAGCCCCAAAGCCGCCACAGCCGCCGUCAUGGACACGCUGGUCAAGAUUGUCUCUCGCUGUGACAUUGCGGUGCUGCAAGAGGUGAUGGAUGCCAAGGGCCAGGCCGUGCCUGCGCUGAUCAGCGCCCUGCACAGGUCUGCAGGCCCUGACUCCUACACAGCCCUGGGCAGCCCGCUGCUGGGAGCCAGGAAUUACCAGGAGCGCUACGUCUUCGUGUACCGGUCCGGCCGCACCCAGGUCCUCGACUCCUACGUGUACCUGGACGAGAACCCCGACAGACCGGAUGCCUUCGCCCGCGAACCCUUUGUUGUGCACUUCAGCCUGCCCAGCAAAGUCCUCCCCACCCUGGUGCUUGUCCCCCAGCACACCGUGCCCAAGAAGGCCGAGGCGGAGAUCGAUGCACUCUACGAUGUCUUCCUGGAUGUCCAGGCCCGUUGGGGGACGGAGGACAUCAUGUUCCUGGGGGACUUUAACGCCGACUGCGGUUACGUGGCCAAGAAGCGCUGGGGCCAGAUCCAGCUGCGGCGCGAGCCUGGCUUCCACUGGCUAAUCGGAGACACCGCCGACACCACUGUGCGGAACAGCACACGCUGCGCCUAUGACAGGAUUGUGGUGCAUGGGGAGCGCUGCCUGGGGCUGGUGGUGCCCGGCUCAGCCCAGCCCUUUGACUUCCCUGCCAUGUUCGGGCUCACGAAGACCGAGGCGCUGAAGGUCAGUGACCAUUACCCGGUGGAGGUGCUGCUGGAACUGAACGCAGCCCCGAGGGGGCACUGCCCAGCCGGCCCAGCACUGCUGCCCCUGGCCAUGCUGCUGGCCAGGCUGGGGGGCUGGCUCUGACCUCCCUGCUCAGCGCUGCCGGGUGCACAGACCGAGGGGGACGCUUGACCGAGGGGCUGGAGUCUAAACCCACCUGCAGGACUCUCCGAUCAGCAAAGGCCUUUACUCAGAUGCCUGGGUUCCCCCCGGAAGAUACAGAAACCUCUCAUCUCACACCUGACAAACUCACUGCAGCAAAUACAGGGCUGGCAGCCUUCCCAGGUGCGAGGCCAGGGGAGGUUACGGACCAGCUGGAGUCCAUCCCCCCAGGUCCUGGGCCUGGCUGCCUGGAGUGUUCGGCUGGAGGGGGCUGGCCUACACACCCCUGGGUGGGGGGCAGGUUCAAACCCUGCCGGAGGGGGUGGGUUGUUUUUUUUAAGUGACAGAGCAACUAAGCUCCUCCAUAAAAACAAGGAGGAGUCCAGUGGCACCUUAAAGACUAACAUUUAUCUGGGCAUCAGCUUUUGUGGGUAAAAACCCCACUUCUUCAGAGGCAUCGUUGUUUUUGUGGCUACACACUGACACCGCUACCCCGAUACUAAACCCCUCCAUGAACUUCCA